AACCAGCAGCAAAUUAAAUAUGAGAGAACCCUGUGCUAGGGAACGAUGUUUGGGGGAUGGGGGAGAAAAUGGGGAAAGAGAAAAGAAAGAAGCAUGAACUACGCAAAAACAGCGCACAUUCUAAACAAGUUCAGAUACUCCAGGCACUCCAUACUUUUCCAUUUUUGCAAAAACUACAGCUUAGCACUACCAAUCCAACCCAAAAUCCAUGAUUUUCUACAUCUUUUACAAUCCCAUGUUUACUGUAACAUCCCCCAAUUCCAAAAAAAUGGAACACUACAGGACAUUAUCAAAAUGGGUAUUGAGCCCAACGUCGGCCCCUGCAAUAAUUUGCUCCACUUUUUGUUACAGAGGGGUCGCCUUUGCUUAGUAUUGCAAGUAUAUUCUCAAAUUCUCUCUAACAAAAUUUCUCUAAAUGGCGAAACUUACAGAAUAGUUCUCAGCGCUAUUGCCAAAAGAGGGGAACUGCACGAAGCAGAGGAGGUGCAGCUGAUUCAAACGGAGCAAACGGAUGUUGUUCCUUUGGUUUUUCAAUACAAUCUGUUGAUUCAAGGGCAUUGCCAAACAGGUGCCCUUGACAAAGCUCUUAACUUAUUCCAGACAAUGCUGGGAAAAGGUACCGCCCCUGAUGCCUUAACAUACAAUAUAUUGAUAGAUGGUUUGAGUAGAUUUGGGGAUUUGCAGAGGGUAAUUAGUCUUUUGAAUGAAAUGUUUGAGAAAAAAUUAGGUCCCAAUAAUGGCACUUACAGUACUUUGACUAAUUGGUAUUUUAGGGCAGGGAAGUUGGAUAAAGCAAUAGGGCUUUGGGGGAACAUGGUGAAAAGGGGCUUUAGGAUAGAUGGCAAAAUUUGUACUGCAUAUGUCUAUGCACUUUGUAAAGCAGGAAAAAUGGACGAUGCAAAGAACUUUUUACAGAAUAUGAAAAGGGAGGGAUUGGUGGUAGACUCUACUGUUUACGAGAUUCUUAUUGGUGGGUACUGUAGGCAUGGUAAAUUUAGUGCAGCACUCAAGCAGCAUGCCGAGAUGAUGGAAAAUGGGCUUGUACCCAAUACUGAAACAUAUUCGUUACUUAUUGAUCACUUUUGUAAGCAGGGCAAUGUGGAAGGUGCUUUGGCAUUGCAAGGACAGAUAGUAAAAAGAGGUAUUUACCAAAAUAUUGCUGGUUGCCUGUCACUCAUCACGGGACUCUACACGAAUGGUAGAAAGCGAGAUGCAAACAAACUUGUGGACAACAUGGUCGAAAACGGUUUGGUUUCUGAUGUCAAUACUUACAACAUGCUUAUCCGCUACUUGUGUGAAGAAGAUGUGAGGACUGCUUUGAAAGUGUUUGAUAGAAUGAACGAUAAAAGUAUUGAAGCCAAUGCUUCAACCUAUGGUGUUCUUAUCAGUGGACUUUGCAAAAUAGGUGAGAUAGACAUGGCCCUCGAGCUCCAUCUUAAAAUGCUACAGAGAGGUUUCCUGCCAAGGAUAUAUAGUUUUAAUGCCCUUAUGAAAUGUCUUUGCAAGAAAAGUAGUUUGGAAGAUGCAAAUAAUCUUCUUAAACAAACCGUAGAGAAAGGCUUUAAAGCUAAUGCUCAUAUUUACUGCAGGAUGAUAAUUUUAAACUGUAAAAAGGGAAGCAUACAAGUAGCCUUAAGAUUGCACUGUGAAAUGCAGCAUAAUGGGAUUCUAGCAAACUUGGAAGCUUAUCAUGCUCUUAUCUCUAGAUUUUGCAAGGAAAAUGACACAGAGGGUUCUUUAAGGUUCUACCAUGAAAUGGAUGCCGAAUGUCCAUUGCAGACCGCGUUUUGUUGUUCCCUACUUCUCAAUAGACUUUGCAAAGAAGGAAGGAUGAAAGAAGCAUGUAAACUUUUGCGUGAAGCACUGAAAGAGGGCAUCAUAACAGAUAUAGAUGCUUACACAGUAGUAAUUGGUGAUUUGUGCAAGGAAGGUUGCGUGGUUGAAGCUUUAGAACUUUGCAAAGAAAUGGAGGUUGAAGGUAUUGUUCCAAAUGUACUUGCUUACAAUUUAGUUAUUGAUGGACUUUGUAGUGCAGGCCGCCUGGUAGAAGCUUUCAGAUUAUUUGAUGCAAUGGAGAGAAAAGGUGUUACUCCAACUCUUGUAACUUACUCUACUCUUAUAUGCAGUGUCUGUAAGGAAGGCUAUUUGGAAGAUGCAGACAAAAUUUUCAAGAAAUUGUCUGUUAAGGGGUUUGUUCCUGAUGCGAUUAUUUAUAAUUCAAUGAUUAAUGGAUACUGCAAGCAAGGUAAAGUUGAAGAGGCUUCCAAACUUUUCUCUGAAAUGCAAAAUCACAAUGUUUUUCCAGAUGCUUUGACUUGCCAUGCCCUGAUAAAAGGUCACUGUAAGAAAUGUCAAGUGGAGGCAGCUCUAAUAUUAUUUCAUGAAAUGGGGAGAAAGAAUAUUGUUCCAAAUGUUUUCAGUUACAGCAAUAUUAUCCAAGGGCUUUGUCACAAGGGGAGAAUGGAAGAAGCGAGCAAGCUUCUGGAAGAAAUGCUUGACAGGAAUUUACUUCUCGGUGUUCACGCCCACCAUGGAUUAUGGUCUGAAUAUUGCAGAAGGUGGGGUUUUGUUAAAACUAAUAAGUCAUUGGUUGAGCCAGAGGUUGAGUUUUCAUUUGAUGAAUACAUCAAAAUCCUUUGUCUUCAAGGAAAGAUACUGGAAGCAGGAACUAUAUUAAGAGAACUGGAGCUAAUGGAUGCAACUUAUUGUAAUUCUCUGGAAAUUGGUAGGUUGUUCAAGGAUGAGAUGGAAGGCAACAUGAGCUUACAUCAGAACAGACUGAUUUCUGAAAGUAUGAUAAGAGAAUCUGGUAUACAGGCUGCAAAAGCAGCUGUUAAUGAAAUUAAAAGGAUUGGUUACUCCUCCGAUAUUAAAGUGUAUUAUAUGGACUCAAUUGGCAGGUUUUGCAAGGAAGGCAAAAUGCAGGAUGCAUUGAGAUUCUAUGGUGAAAUGGUUGAAAAGGGCUUAGUGCCAGACUUCAGUACUUACAGUGUUCUCAUCAACUCUCUUUCUGCAAAUAAUAAUCUACAAGAAGCAAAUAAGAUUAUAACAGAAAUGGUAGAACUGCUAAAUAAUUGAAUGGGAAAGAAAUCAGAAAUGUGGAUAAUCACUUUAAGAAAAAUAUAAUUGACAGGUUUUGUAAUCUAUUUAUCAGAUUUUCAAUCCUGUGCACAAUAUAGAGGUUGCUCUAUAUGGCCUCAGUGGAUCUAUUAGAUAAUAAGAGUUCAGGUGCUAAAGUUGAAGAUUUAAGCUGUUGACUCUGAUCUAGUAAACAGGGAAUUAUGCACUAUGCAAGGCUUUUAACAGGUCUACAUGACAUUUAAAGCUUCUUGAAAGAGCAGUUUGCAAUUUGUUGGUUCAAACAAUCAGAUCCAAUUUCAAUACCAGCCAAAAUGUGGAAAACGGAAGUUUUGCACGGUGCUUCUUCUCCAGCGUGUCUUGGGUAAGACCUUAUGCAGCCAUGCAGACCAGCAUUACCAAAUGUAUUGUAAUCUCUUGCAGUUCAAACAACAAAGUUUUGUACCCUCUUUCAUUUACAUAAACAUUGUAAAAUAAAGUGUUUGCAUUCCUUUCAUAUUCAUAGAUAUCAUAAAAUAAAUCUUGUAAGCACCCCAAAGGAGAUAGGGAUUCUUAUGCUGAUGAAGACUACUAUUACCAAGAAGUAUUUUUAUGAAACCGAACAAGCAAACAUGCCCAAAUGAACAAACUUGGCUCCCUGAAUUUGAUAGCAGUUUAUUAUUGUCGACAACUUGUGCAAAAGAAUUUUUGUGGAUGAUAGAUUAUGUGAAUUGCACUGCUUUGUGGAGAGUAGAUUACGUGAGAUGUACUGCUCUGUGACAUUUUGGUUGAUACCCUUCUGUAAUGUC